AUGAAUGAAAAUUAUUCAAAAUAUCAGGAUUUUACUAAUCGAUUACGUUCAAUUCAAUUAUCUACAAGAAGGAAGUCUUUAAAAAAGCCAAAUUUAGAAGAAAUACUUGGAAAACUUAAAAGUCUGCUUCGUUCUAUGGAAGAAAGCGGGGCAAAUAAUGAACAAAAAGUUAUGUGCCAUAAAGAAAUUGCUUUAAUUUAUUUAAAUUUGGGAAAUCAAUCUGAAUCGAAUGAUCAUUGGAUAAAUACUGGCCGGUUAUAUUUUGAUAUGGCAUUUGAUAGAAAAGAAAUUAAUUGUCCAGCUGAAAAUGAAUUUCAACUUUUGAUGGAGCAAUGUUAUUUAAAUGUAGCUAAUCAAUUUAUUAAUCAAAAUAAUUUAAAAUUUGCAAGUUUUAUUUAUUCAGAAAUGGCUGAUAAAUUUUUGAAAUUAAACAAAUUCAACAAAAGUUUUGAUUUUUUAGAUAAAGCAUUUAAAUUAACAAAUAAUGAUAUUUUUGCAAAAAUAUGUUUAUUUGACAAAAUGUUGGAUUUGAUAGAAAUUUCGAAUUUUGGAGAAAAAAUUUGGAAUAAAAUAUUUAAUAAUUGGAAUUUAUUUUUAAAAAGUUUAAGUAAAGAUUUGUUAAUUUAUUUUCAAAUUUUGGCAUUAGAAUUAAGAAUUAUUUUAUUAAUAUUUAUUUCUUCUAAAUUAACUGAUUUACAACAACAAUAUUUAUCUCAAUAUCAAAAUAAUAAUUGGAAAAAUAUUUAUUUAAAAACAUCUUGGGUAAAUAAACAAGAUUUUGAAUUAAUUUGUGAAUUUAUUAAAGUAAUUAAUAAAGAAGAUUAUUUGAAGGCAAUUCAAAUACAACAAUUAAAUUUUAAUCAAUUGUUAGACGAAAAGGGACAUUUUCUUUGUACAAAACUUUUAAAUUCAAAAAUGAGAAGUUUACUUGUUUCAAUAAAUGUGAGAGAAGAAGAAGAAAAGGGAAUUAAUGAAGAAGAAGAAAGGGAAGAAAUUAAUGAAAUAGAAAAAAGAUUAUCAAUUCUUCAAGAAUUAAGUGAGAAAAAAAUUAGAACAAAAUCAUUUAGUAGUUUACAUAAAUUGUCAAAAUAA